CGCGACUAGUCUAUCUCUUCUUGUCUCUUAUAUGCAGUAGUUGAAACCCUCAUUUCUAGAUUUCGAAGAAGAGGAAGGGAUAUGGCUCUGGGAGUAAAGGCAGCUCCGUUCACGUUUGUUUUGCACGCGCUAGGGAUAGCGCUUGCGGUUCUGGUUUUGAUUUGGAACAUAGACUUCCGAGGCGGCAUAGUCUGGGAAUCUACAAACAAAUCACUCAUCUUCAAUUUGCAUCCUGUUUUGAUGCUAAUUGGCUUGGUAAUCAUUGGAGGUGAAGCCAUUGUUAGUUACAAAUCCCUCCCUUUAAAGAAAGAAGUGAAGAAACUAAUACAUCUGGUUCUCCAUGCAAUCGCACUAGUACUUGGUAUUAUUGGCAUCUAUGCAGCGUUCAAAUUUCACAAUGAGAGCAAUAUUGCCAAUCUCUACAGCUUACAUUCUUGGCUUGGGAUUGGUAUCAUUGUCCUCUAUGGUAUCCAGUGGAUAUAUGGGUUUCUGGUGUUCUUUUUUCCUGGAGGGACAAAUGGACUUCGAAGAGAGUCGCUCCCAUGGCACGUGGUGUUCGGGCUGUUUGUGUACUUAUUGGUUGUUGCCAAUGCUGCCAUUGGAUUUCUGGAGAAGCUUACGUUCCUGGAGAACUCUGGACUUGCCAAAUAUGGUACGGAGGCCAUCCUUGUGAACUUCACUGCUGUUGGUACUAUAUUGUUUGGAGCAUUUGUGGUGUUAUCAGUUCUUUCUCAAGGUCAAGCAGAAGAUGAGUAUAGCUAUUCAGCAAUAUAGACUGAUGUUAUGUAUGUAUUUAUGGAUUCUAUGAUGAGUGGGACUGGAAUUCUGUAAAAGCUAGCUGGGAAUUUGUCUGUGUAAUUGAAAACUUGUUAACAUUUGUUAAUAAUAAUUAUCAAAUCUUUUGAUUUUUUGGAUUUA